UAGAACCCCGGAGGGCUGCGAGGCGCGCUGGGUGCAUGUGGGGGCUGCUUUGGAGCUGCGGCGGCUACAGCCAGAGCUCAGCGCGCGGACCAGAAAGCCCCUCGCGUGGAUCGGCAAACGUCCGCCCCUUCUCCUGGAGCUCACCCUCUUCUUCUUGCGCCUACUACGGCUGACCGGGCAAAGAGAGCCGACAGGGCCCUAGACUGAAGGUCACCAGGAAUUCCAGACGUCCUGGUUCCUGUAAACCAAAAGAAAGCUUACUGAUUACGUGGACUUAUGACUGGGGUUGAUUUCUGAUGUUUUCCUGAUUCUUCUUUGCAGGCAGGGAAGGAACAUGAGGUUCUCUUGGCUAUCAUUCAAGAAGAAGAUGGAAGGGGCCAUUUAAGAGAGAUUACAAGUUGCAGGCUGCAAGGCUGGGGCCAGAGGGCUGGCAGUGGAAAACCCUGUUGGGCUGUGAUCUCUCACUGAAAAGUUCCAAGUGCCUUUUUGCAUCCUGUAAAAGAAAGGAAGAGAAGGAGAAGACCAUGUCUAUAGCCCUGAAGCAGGUGUUCAACAAGGACAAGACCUUUCGGCCCAAGAGGAAGUUUGAACCUGGUACACAGAGGUUUGAGCUGCACAAGCGGGCUCAGGCCUCCCUCAACUCAGGUGUGGACCUGAAGGCGGCUGUGCAGCUUCCGAGCGGGGAAGACCAGAAUGACUGGGUGGCGGUGCACGUGGUGGACUUCUUUAAUCGUAUCAACCUCAUCUAUGGCACCAUCUGUGAAUUCUGUACCGAGCAGACCUGCCCUGUGAUGUCAGGGGGCCCCAAAUAUGAGUAUCGGUGGCAGGAUGACCUCAAGUAUAAGAAACCAACUGCGCUGCCAGCUCCCCAGUACAUGAACCUUCUUAUGGAUUGGAUUGAGGUCCAGAUCAAUAAUGAGGAUAUAUUUCCGACAUGUGUGGGUGUUCCCUUCCCAAAGAACUUUCUUCAGAUCUGCAAGAAGAUCCUGUGCCGCCUUUUCCGAGUCUUCGUACAUGUCUACAUCCACCACUUUGACCGGGUCAUUGUGAUGGGCGCAGAGGCCCACGUCAACACCUGCUACAAACACUUCUAUUACUUCGUCACAGAGAUGAACCUCAUAGACCGCAAGGAGCUAGAGCCCUUGAAAGAGAUGACGAGCAGGAUGUGUCACUAAGGCUCCAUCUCAACCUUUGGAAGAAAGGAAAACUGUUUCCUCCUGGAGCUCUCAGUGGACAGAAGGCAGAGCUCCCUGGUUGAAACGGUGCACCUACUUCCAGGAGCAGGAGAGGUGGAGUCGAGCAGUGACCCCCGAGAGACACGUUCCCCACUCACUUCAUGUGCUCUUAACCCUCUGAGUGCUGCUAGCCCAGACCUGUGGACCAGAAGACCACAACAUGGAAGAAGGACCAGCCCUUGACCCUUCCGGCUCAGGAAAUGUCCAGGAGGGGCCCCUGAACUUCCGUGCACGUCAUGGUUCUGCCUGUGACCUGCCGCCUAAGCUUUACUGGAAUUCAGGUUUUGAGACUGAGAUGUUCGUUUGUACCUUUCCACUUAGCUGUCUUGUCAGCUGGCCUACUUUUCUGUCAUUUGUUUUCUAAGUACCAAGUGAAUUUUGGAACUUUGGACACACAGCAAGUUUUUCUAUAAGAAACCUUCCUUUGGGGUCUCCAAAAGCUCCCAUGCUGAUCCUGUGGUUUAAAAUUGUGCAGGGCUGUGGAGCUGGGACAUCUGAAGCCCAUCUGUCAGCAUCCAUGCCAUUUCCCUAAGAAGCAGUUGUAUCAGGGACCACUCCAUGGCCUGGCUUGUCUCUGCUACAAACAGGGUCUUCACAUGCUAACUCUGAGGAAGAGUCUGGCCACUAGCAGAAAGCUAACAAGUUACCAGUUUGCCCGGAUCAGAAUGUACAUUUUUUUUUACAACCACCAUCAGUCCUUGAUUCUUCUGUUGAUAUUUUCCUGUUUCCCAGAAGAGAGAAAUAAAAGAAAGUUACAAAUGACCAAGAAUGGUCAGUAAGAUCCCUGAGCCACAUUAGUGCGGUGUUUGUUCUUUAAAGAGCAGGGAGUCCUGGCUGGACCAUUGGCUAUUUGGUGAAUGUCAAUGAUACACCCAGUCUGUUGACUUGUAACCUUCCUCACUGGCCCUCUGAGCUUGAAACCCAACUACUCGCCUCUCCUUCCUCCACACUCUGCUCUCAUCUGCCAUGUUGAGUUAUGGCACAAAAUUAGUUUCUGGACUGUGCCCAGUUUUCAAGGUGGCAGUAGAGCUGGAGAUAACUUCCUUCUUCCAUCCUUUCCAAUUUUUCUCUUCCAGUAGAUGGUCAGAAUGACGCAUUCUGCACUGCGCCCUGCCUUUGAAACCUAACAUAGUUGUAAUUGAUGAAAUGUCGCCUUCUCUGAUUCAUUCACAAACCUGUGGUCCUGUCAGCCCAACCUGUGAUAAAGGGGUAAUAAUACUUCCAGGAAUAUUUGAGUUUAACAAAAUAUCUGUUGGUGGAGGGAAGUAGAUAAGAAUGUAUUAGCACAUUUAAUAUAAUAACGAUUAAAAGACAAAUGAACAACUCUGGUAUUCUUUUAUUAUACAUAAUGUGUUAACAUCAUUUGUGGCUGCUGUAAAAGUCUGGAGGACAUGAAAUCUCUGUCCAAACCAAGAAAGGGCUGACUGUGCACAGUGGCCUUCUACACUGACCCAACCAUGCGGACAGACCCUUGCUUCCUAUCUUAUAAACAUUGUCUUAUGGAACCCAAACGCGGCUACCUCUCUCCGUGUUGUUCACGCUGGUCAACGAUAAACUUUCUUUUUUAUCCUAAGUAAUUUUGACAGGCCAAGAUAGGCAAAAAUUUUUCCCAACAUCACUUUUGACUGGAAAAAAAAGAAAAAAAAAAAAAACCUGUCUUCAGGAUACAGAGAAACAAGAGUCCCUAAGUCCUGAUCUGUGCGAUACACAAUACCACACAGGAAUGCAGGAUGGUGGGACCGAGAAAUGACAGAGUGGAGCCUGUGCCCUUGAGAUCUUUGUAGUUCUGUGCCAUGGAAUCGUAGGAUGUUUGCAUUUAGAAAGUUGAAUAUGUUCCUGCAUUUCAAUGAUGCUUAAUCAAGUGGAAAGCUAGAAUCUGAAGAUGUUUGUCAUUAAUAUUUUAAGGUUGUUGUCUACUAACUAUGAAAUAACUCAAUUUAAACAUCCAAAUAUUGUUUGAACUUCUUGGAACAUUCUCCUCGUGGCUAUAUUGCUAAUUGCACUAAUCAACUCUUCUAGAAUAAAUUCUGGAAAACUGCUCUUGUAUUUUUUAAUUAUAGGGUGUUCCUAUUCCCACAGAACUUUGUUUGGCAAAUUCUAAGGAAAGUCUUCAUUGACAAUUUUUAACUCUUUGGUCUGAUUUCAUCUUCCAUGAAUCUCUUACUGUAAAUGGCGAAUCUAAGCUUCUGGCAGCCCCUGGUUGUCUCCAUUCCUCUAGGUGAGAGACUGCAACCCUGCUUUUUUCUCUUAACCUGGUCCCUUCUCCCCCUUCUUUUCCCAUUUGGAUGGGAGCAGGGGGAGUGAAAAUUUCAAAAGUUAAAAGAUUAUCAUAAGCAUCCUUAUGCUUUUAAGUGCGUCAAUUAGCAAUUUGCAACAUUUCCUUCGUACUAUAAAUACAUGUUCUGAGUGCUGAAUCAUUUGAAAAUAAGAUGUAGACAUCAUGAAACUUAAGAUACUUCAUCAUGCUCCUCCUAUUAAUAUGACCCUUGUCCUGACCAUCUUCAAUGUCAUUAUCACCUCCAAAAAACUGAACACCAACACAGUAUAUAUCUAGGGUAUAAUUCCUAUUCAAAAUUCUUCAACCAUCUCAAAAUAGUCUUUAUAGUUAAUUUUUUUAAAUCCAGGAUCCAAUCAAGAAUCAAGCAUUGCCUUUCAUUGUCUUUCUCUUUAGUAUCCUGUAAUGGACUAGUUUCCCUUUUGUGUGUAUGUGUGGUGAGGUAUGUUUGUGGGGCUCUGCGGUGUGGUAUGUGUGUAUGGUGUGGUGUGUCCAUCAGUUCAUGACAUCAUCAUUGUUAUUAUUAUUAUUAUUAUUAUUAUUAUUCAUUUUCCUACUAGGGAUUGAACCCAGGGAAACUUCACCACUGAAUGACAUUCUCAGUCCAUAUUUUAAUUUUUUUUAUGUUGAGACAGGUUCUCGCUAAAUUGCUGAUGCUGGUCUUGCAACUUGCUGGGAUUUCAGGCAUGCACCACUGUACCCAGCUGACUGACAUAAUUAAAGAGUUCAGGCCUGUUUACUUGUGGAAUGUCCCACAAUCUGGAGGAUUUUAUUUUAUUGGUUGGUUUCCUGAUUAUUUCCUCAUGAAAUUUAAGUUAAACUUCUUUUUUUGCAAGAAUACUAUAUAAGUCAUGUUUCUUCCUAUUACAUCACAUCAAGAAGCAUGUCAAAUCAUGUCUAAUCAUCUCUUUUCAUAAUAUUGAUUGGUAGAUGAAGUUGCUAUCUGCCUGGUCCAACCAUCAUCAAUUUCCACAGUUCAUUAUUAAGCUCUGCAAUUCACUAAGCCUAGUGUCUAUAGAGUGUGAGGUGAUACAUGUAAACAUUCACUUCUUAACUACCAGGGUCCAUGAUCCCCAAAGAUAGUACCCACUGCAGUUAAAUGGUAUACCGGUGGUAAAGGAUUCAUGCCUUUCCAUUCAACAGUAGGAAGAGAAGCAUUGACAGUUUCCUGUGUGGGUGAUACACGGGCAUGCUGGCUAAUGAAAAUUUGCAUGGUCCCAAAGCCAGAAUUGAAAUAUAUGUAACAUUGUUUUUCCUCCUAUCCUUAGUGACUUCCCACUCGGAUCCAUAGUUUAUUCGUAGAGAACCUUCUUGUUGAGAGUGAUUUAAAAAUGUUUUUUGGAUGGAGAAUCUUAGAUAUUACAAUACGGUGUAGGCCUCAAAAGGACCAUAGCACAUAAUCAAAUACAAAGUAUUUAUGUGGUACUAAAAUCUUAUAAGGGAUGGAAUAAGGGGUGGGAGGACAUGACUAGGAAUAAAAUGCCUACAAAGUCUCCUCAAUGGAAAAUAAUGGAGAAAAUAAGUAGAUUAAGAAAUGCUGGUCUAGAGUCAUUCUUGCUCCUUAGAUUGCCAUUUUUUUCUUCCCUGAGUGUUUUCUCAUUUCUCAGAACCUAGAGUCUCAGAGUCAGACGAAUGGGAGGAACUUUGAGGGACGUCUUAAUCUAUCCCUUCUAUCUCCCAGGCCAUGUCUCCCAGGCCAAAUCUCCCAGGCCAUGUCAGUGACAUUCCAAGUAAAAAAUCUAUUCUCCUCUCACAGAUCUCCAGGCAUAGAAAUUCUGCAGCAUCCUCUGGCAGUCCCUAUUGAAACUUCACAAUAUCUGAAAUUCUUCCACUUUGAUUCCAGCAAAGUACUCUGAGUUUCAGCACAUCUUUUGUGUCCCGCAUUUAAAAAGUCCAGAGACAGUGCAGUAUAAGUAUAUAUAAUAAAGAGAACUGCAUUUUCACAUUUGUAUAGUUUUUCAGGAUUGUUCCCACGGUCCUUCAGUCUUAUUUCCUUUAGAGUUUUCCCAACAACAGCACCUUCUUGGCUGACCUGUUGCUAACCAUUUCUGUAGUUCAACUGGAAACUUCCCAAAGCUCUCCCUAAGUCUACAUUAUGAAUGCCACCAACCAUGGACCUAAUAAGAAAUUAGUUCCUGCCUUCAAGAAACCCUGUUGUGUCUUUGCUAAGUCGUGACUUGCUUUUUAUACACUUACAGAAUGUUUUUUAUAUUUUAAUCAUCCAUACAGUACUCUUCACUGUAUUCUGUUCAACCAUUUUUGUUAGCUUCCCUGAAUUUCCUUUCUUCUACCUUUAACAGCUCAUUAGAUUACACUGUUCAGGUUUGGUUGUUGUUUCCAAUCACCUCUUUAAUUGGGAAAACAUUAAGGAACUAGAAUAGAGUUCCAUUCAUCUUUUUAUGGUGGUUUACGCCAGUCUAUCAGUGGUGGGAGCAUAUCACUUUCUAUGGUCUCUAACCUUCCAUACCCCAUGAGUAUCACACUGUAAGAAAAAAAAAAUAUUGUAGGAAAAGUAAGGCCAUGUCUUUAAGACAUGGGUAAAAAGGCACAAUCACUAAAGGGAAAUGGAGAUGUCA